AGAGAUUGUUCCUCGCUCAUUUUCACCAGAAACCUCUAUAAGGGAAAAGGACGUGAACGGGAGGAGAGAUGGGUCUCCUGGCAUGCAUAGGCCUGUUGCUUCCCUUUCCAUUCUACUACUGUUUGUGGACUGACCCUCAGGCAUGGGUGAAUCUGUGCGGCAAAGGGAAGGACCCUUCCAAGGUCAUGGCUCACGUUGCUCAUUUCUUGAAGCUCUUGCAGUUCCUCUCUCUAUUCUGUGUCUCCUCUCUCUCUUGGCCCCCUCCCUUCUUCUUCUGGCCUCUCUUUCUCCUCGGCCAGUUCCUCAACGUCAGGGUAUAUCAGUUGCUUGGUGAAUCAGGCACUUACUACGGUGUGCGAUUUGGGAAGAAUGUUCCCUGGGUCACAGAAUUCCCGUUUGGGUAUAUAAAGGACCCUCAGUAUGUAGGAAGCAUAAUGAGCCUUCUGGCAUGUCUAUCUUGGGUUCCUUUUCUUUAUAUUCUCCUGUGGAUACUGGGCUAUGCAUUCAUGAUGCAUCUGGAAUCAAAGGAAGAUCCAACCACUCGGGCCAAGCCACUCUCCUGAAUUCACAAUUUUGCAGCAGAUUUGGUAGCAAACGUUAAGAGCUUUAAUAAGGCAGUAAUCAAGGAAAGGUGCUCUCUCCCCUUUUUAGCACAGGAAGAUAAUGUACCUCCAUUCAAUUUUCUCUUCAGCUAGAAGUUCCUUUUUUCCUCCCUUUAAAUGAUUCAUUUGUCAUUAUAUCAGCACAAUUUUUUUCUGCCAUCAAUAUGAGUAAUUAUGCAUCCACUUCAA